GCCCCGCCCCCCGGAAGCGGGCGCAGUGAGUGCCGGGCGGUGUCAUGGCGGGCCGUGCUGCUCCGCCCGCCGCGCUGCUCCGCGCCAUCAACGCGCUGCUCGCACAGCGCCGCUAUCACGACGCACUGGCCGUUAUCAAGGGCUGCCGCAACGGGGCCGUGUAUGGAGCAAAAAUCCGAGCUCCGCACGCACUGGUGAUGACUUUCCUGUUCAGGAGUGGAAGUUUAAGAGAGAAAUUGAAGUCGAUUGCUCAGGCCACGUACACUCAUUCCCGGAACUUGGCGUAUUUUGUGUUCACCUACAAGGGGCUGAUGGCGUUACAGUCCCGACUACAGGGGAAAAAAAUCCCAUUUCAUUCUUUCUUUGCAGCCUGCAUUGGGGGUUGGUUAGUGUUCGGUGAGAACAAUCCCAUCAACAGCCAGAUCAUUAUGUACCUGCUGUCUCGAAUCCUGUUUGGCUUGUCUCGGCUGGCCGUGGAGAAGGGCUACAUCCCCCAGCCCAAGCAGGAUCCCUUCCCACUUGUUGCUGCUCUGGUUUGGGGAACGGUUCUCUGGCUCUUUGAAUACCACCGGCAGACUCUGCAGCCUUCUCUGCAGGCCUCCAUGACCUACCUGUACGAUGACAGCAAUGUGUGGCACGACAUUUCUGACUUCCUCAUUUAUAACAAAAAGCCUGAGAGCAAAUAGUCGGCUGGUUGUAGAACACCGAUGGAGCAGAUGGUGCCUUCCAAGCAGCUAAGGGAAAAGGUGGUUCUCUUGCUCUUGACUGAUGAAUGUGUUUAAAUUAACGCCUAUCAAGGAGAGUUGCCUCUUGUCUCCUCACCGGAAUAUUCUCAUUAGUCUUCUGUUAGCUCUGUUUAGAGCUAUUAAAUACCCCAUGGAAACUUAGCACAGCGCCUCAGGGAGACUAAAAUGCCUUGGGAACCUUCAGUAAAAUCAGGCUUCUUUUGAAGAGACCUUAUUUUUCUUUGGUUUUGUUGGUUUAUGGCAUUUCUUUAAAAGGAAAAAAAAACAAAAGCACUUUUAAUAUGGCAGCUUGGCAGUAAGUGGGGAAUAGAUCUGAUCAUUGCCGUGUUCUGGGUGCUAUCUGAAUGCUUGCAAGGUGGAGGGGUUUUUCUGCGCUGCAUUGUAGUGGUGAGAUGGGAGUUGGGGACCUGCUUGGUUCUGAAAGCAGGGAUGUUUUCUCUUGAUUUCUAUGGAAGACAGGAAAUCCAAUACAAAGCAUGGCAGGGAGAGCUGUGUUCUCCCUAGGAGAGCUCCUCUGCAGUUUUUUCUCAAAGAGGCUGAAUAAAACAAUGAAGUCUCUCUGAUACAAGCCCCAUGAAUCAGCCUUUGGAAGGAAUAUUUUUGCUCAGUUCCUCUCAUACACUUGGGAUAAAUCUGUCCCUCUAUGGAGCACACUAAUUAAUACCCUGCAAUUCCUUAAAACCUCGUGAUCCAGCUGUUAAAAGCUGAUUGAACUGAAUACCAAAACCACCUGUGCUACUUCAGGCUCCUUUGCGAACAGGCUGAGGCACAUUGCCUGCCCUCUGAUGUGACUCCGGGUGCUUUGUGUGUAGCAGUGAGUGACACUUGUUAACAAGCACCACCAGUUUGGUGGAGGAUUGCCUGGGUUACUCUUAGGUUCAGGAUUCCCCCAGUGCAGCUGUGGGGUGCAUUAACUAUGAGCAGACUUGGAUGUCUGUGUUGUUACUGCAGCCAUGGAGCAUGGAGAUGCUCUAUACUCUACCAUUCACAUAAUGAUUUGCAUUAAAAUAAUUCCUGAUGUA